GCAAAUAUGGACAGUGGAUCCCUCACGUUCUCUACUCUCGGGCUCGGCUCUACCGUCGGACUCGUAGUCAUCGCCGGUAUCGGGCUCAGCAACAGCGGUGCGCCAUACGGAUUUAAUUUCUCACUUGGUGUUGCCGUCGAGAAUGUUUUGUUUGCUCUAGAUUGUGUAAGCCUAUCUCGUGCGUGUGUUAGGUUGGAAAAGGCAUGGAAGGGGGCUGUCGGAGGACUGCGCAACUUCCUUGUCCAUGCUCUGCUCGUGACAUGUCGUUUUCUCGUUGCGUGGCUUGAGGAACUUGAACCCGUCGAAGAAAACAUUCGUGCCUUUAUCCGCGAAUCCUCUCGGAGAAAAUUUACGAAGUAUUUACGUGUCUUUAAAAUCUGGGAGUCCCUUCCGUAUGACUAUGCGUCGGCCCGGUCCCAAAAUUACGAAUGGAAGUUUACUGAUAAAAGGCCAGAAGGAUACGUUGGUGUUUAUCUCCGUUUCCGCAAUGCAAGUCCGUGGACGAGGGCGGGCAGAAAAAAUGGAGACCAGUUCAUAGUAUUCGAUGCUCGUUGGUCCGUGCCUGCCUAUGUCCGACUUGAAAAGGAUGGCGGCCUUCGCGUCGAUCGAAUCAGGAAGAAGUUCAAUAUUGAAGAGGUCGAGCUCCUUAGAUCUGGUCGCUACGAGACUUACCGUAUGACUGCUGGCGAUACAAUUUCGCCGUUCAUGCUACAUACACUUGUGGACGAGUACAAGUGCUUGAAUAUUGUCGAGGACGAAGAUGAAUAUUGUCUGAAACGUCGGCGCUUCCGACAAUGGUUACGCUGUACGACAAUACAUUAUUGGGUUCGCUUGAUUUGUUACUUCGCCAGCGUCCUCUCUGUCGUGUACGCGUGUUGGACCUUGGCUGCAUUCAUUGCUAGCUUCCUGCCAAGCGACCAACAAAGAGAUGCCCGUCACACCCUUGGUAUCUUCAUAACCAUAUUUGGGUUUUGGAUGCUUGUCGAAUACAGACGAAGAAAGAUUGGGCAGGACCUUGCGUGGCAUGGAAUUCCAAAGCGAUAUUCGAUAUAUUGUCUCGAUAAGCACAAGAGGUUAACGCUUUUGUGACCGCAGAAAUAUUUUGGUUUAUUUUAUUUUAUAAUCAUGCGAAAAAGUAUCUUUUGUGCAUAUGUUACUCUCCUUGUAUGUCGCUCACUUUUUGUAUGUCCUUGUAUUUUU